CAAAAAGUCACGCAAUGAAUCGUCUCUCUUGUUUGAUGCUCGUUAUUGGAUUGUGCGUAGGAUUGAGUGAUGCAUUUAUAUGGAAUGAGAAAAAUACUGUAUUCUUCAAAAAUUCUCUUGGUCGAAACAACGUCUUGAAGAUUCAUUGUUUAUCAAGCGACGAUCUAGGCUUCCAUUUUUUGCGUACUGGAGAAACCUAUGAUUUUAGUUUCCAUGACAGUAUUGGGAAAUCAAUAUUUUAUUGUUACUUAUGGCAAGGGCCUAAUUUCAAGUUCCAUGCAGAGUUCGAGGCAUAUAAAGGUGGUGGUCUCAUAGUUCAUUAUGGUAAAAAAAAUUAUUGGGAUGCUAGAGAAGAUGGAAUCUAUUUUACACAUGGCACAGAAAAGCCUAAAUUAGAGUAUAAGUGGAAUUAAUAAUUAACUGCUCAAUGAAUAAUGCAGUUUUAACUCAAUUUUUAUAAUGUAUUUUUGUUUUCAAUAAUAA